AUGCCACGUCGCCCAUCCCUGCAGCAUCAUGCGCUCGCGGGGCUGCCCGACGGGGCGGGCCUCGUGCUGAUGGACCCAGCCGAGGUGCCCGCCCAGUCGGAGCCGGCCGACGCGCCGCGCGCGACCACCAGCCAGCUUUCCGUUCGGGCUGCGCACGAGGCGUCGAGAAUGUGGCGGAUCGCGAGCGCGGCGGGCGUGCCGCUCGAGCGGACCAGGCUGAAGCCACCUCAGGACCCCACCUCGAGCCGGUUCUCGAGGUGGAUAUCCUUUGGCCGCGUUGGGUAG